CGUAAGCGCGAUAAGUUAACGGUGGUUCGUACACCGAGGACGUACGAGAGCACCUCUCUCUCGGCCGCCGCUAUACGCUCCCUUUUUUUCUCUUUUUUUAUCCUCCCCUCGGUGGCGCUUUCCUUCCCCUCUCGCACUUGUUCGGGCCUCAUGCGAAGUGCCAGGACUGGUGGUUCUCGCCGAGUGCCAUCGCGAGCUGAGUGCCACCGACUCGACCGGUGCUUAAGUGUUCUAAAAAACGAGUGAUUUAAGAAGAAAGAGAGAGAGAGAGAUAGUGGAAAGAAAGAAGUGAUCUUGAAACGUAGUUAAGGGUGUGUAUUAAAUUGCCUCUCGUCUCAUCUCUCUCGGGGAUGUUGAUAUGAUAUGAAUGCAUAGUGUAAAUAUAUUUCCCCAAUAAUACACAAAGGCCACUGUACGCACGCACGCAUCAGCGCAUUGAACGUAUUUCUUAUCCAAGCUAUUCUGUCAAUGACGGUGGAUUUGCAGUGACGAUGGCAGUGCUCCCUCGAACUCUGGAUUGUAGAUUUUGGAUUACAUUGACCUAAGGAUGCCUCAGAAUUUAGGUAUUGCCCAGCAGCCGGUGGGAGGCAAGCAGUGUGGUGACAGAGAUAAAAUUACCACGUCGCACGUAAUGGAAAUAAACACAUAUGCUCCACCGUUGGUUAAGAAAGAGGUGAACAGUCCUCCUCUGGGAUCGCCACACUUGGGGUCUCCUCAUCUGCCAUCCUCCUCCACCACUGACACCAACAACAUGGCCAACGACGCCGUGGUCACCGACACCUCCUUCCAGCAACACAUCCUCCAGUUAAAACAGCAUCAGCAGUUACAACAGCAGCUCCUCCUACACCAGUAUCAGCAGCAGAAGCAGCAGUUAGCGGAGCAACAUGAAAAGCAGUUGCAACAGCAGAUAAAGCUUCAAGAAAGUGUCCUGUACCACCAGUUCCAACAGGAGCAUCAGAGGCUCCUGGAACAACAACAAAAUGAACUACAGAAUCACCUCAAGCAGCAGUACUUGGAGCAGCAGACGCAGCGGGCCGAGGAGGAGCGCGCCGAGAAGCAGCGGAAGGAGCAGCUGGAGGCCCUCAAGAAGAAGAACAAGAACGAGCAGUCGGCCGUGGCGUCGUCGGAGGUCAAGCAGCGGCUGCAGGAAAUGAUCCUGCACAAGAAGCAGCGGGAGGCGGCGGCGACCACGGCGGCGGCGGCGGCGGGGGGCACGUCCAACCUCCGCAGCUGGCUGAGCACGCAGAGGAGCCUGGAGAAGGCCAGCCCCCCCAGCUACUCUUCUAAUGCCGCCCCUUCAUCUUCACAUCCCUACAGGCCGCCCGAACACGUCCUGGCCAAGUUCGAUGACUUUCCCCUCAGAAAGACAGCGUCCGAGCCCAACAUCUGCUUGAAGGCGCGACACAAACAGCGCGUGAGCAACGAGCGGCGCCCGUCCCCCCUCGUGCGGCGCAAGGACCGGCCUCCGGGACCCAUCAAGAGGCGUCAGACCUACACAGCAGUUGAGAGCAGCUCGACGCCAGACAGCGGGCAGAGUUCCCCGCCCAACGGCCUGCCAGCAUCAAGGUCGUCCUCGGGAUCCACGCCCAUCCACGAGGAGGGCGGCGGGUCCCCCUACGGCCCCCAUGGAGGCGGAGGACAAGGCUCGUGCUCCGACCUCACCCUCUAUUCCUCGCCGUCUCUCCCCAAUAUCUCGCUAGGCCGUCCUCCACAUUCCACGCAACCCGAAGGGGUAAAGCUACCUAUGGUGUCUGAGGCAGACAUGCGUGCUACCCUGACGGCUCACAUAGCAAUGCCUCUCACAGGUCAUGCCGUUGCCCCCAACAUGCCAUAUUACCCAACACUCCCAGUGAUAGAUGGUGAAGGAUACAGUUCGGGAGCAUCCACUGUGGGUCGUCAACAGCUGGUCACAGCCAUGGAUACUAGUCCAGGUGGCGGAAUCAUGAGAGGAGGCAUCUACCAUCCCAGUGUUGUCCCUAACAUGAGUGAAGCACAGGUUCGACCUGGCCGGACCCUGCAGAGGCCCUUAGGCAGAACACAUUCGUCCCCACUACCUUUAGGCCAUCCCAUGCUGGCAGCAACACCUCCAACCUUCCUCCCACAUGGCCCACCCUCAGCCCACCAGUAUGACCCCAAGCAUGCUAUAGAGCACCACCAGCAUAAUCUUCUCAAACAGCACAUUCGACAGACAGUAUUGAUACGGAAGGGAAGCAACAACCAUGUGGAGAACGUUGCUGAGGAAACAGAGGCAGCCGUUGCCCAAGCCAUUGCACAUGAAAAAACACCGGAGGAAGAAGAAGAGGAGGCACUGCAUGAGGAGGAACCAGAGGUGAUAGAUCUGACAGAACGCAAGAUAGAGGAGAGCCUGAUAGCCAGGCAGCAACGAGCAGUUUUCCUGCAGCAUCGUGACUUACUAACAGCAAAACCUCCACCUUUACACUCCACAACAAGUUCAGCCUUCACCGCACGAUCAGGCAGUCACAUGGCACGGCCUCUUGCCAGGGCUUUCAGUUCUCCAUUGGUCACCCUUUCUCCACAGGGUUCACCCCAAGAGCCUAUUAAUAUAAGCAAACAGGGAGCAACAACCGGGCUUGCCUUUGACAAUCUAAUGCUGAAACACCAGUGCGUCUGUGGCGAUAACUCUCACCAUCCAGAACAUGGAGGUCGUCUUCACUCUGUGUGGGCCAGACUACAGGAAACAGGACUGAUUCACCAUUGCAAUAGACUACGAACCCGUAAAGCAACCCUGGAGGAAAUACAGUCCUGCCAUAGUGAGGCUCACACACUCCUAUUUGGAACAAAUCCUUGGAAUAGGCAGCGUUUAGACAUGAGCAAGUUCUCUGAGUUGCCCAUCAAAAGCUUUGUACGUCUACAUUGCGGUGGCGUUGGUGUGGACUCAGACACAACCUGGAAUGAAAUGCAUACAUCAUCUGCAGCCAGGAUGGCUGCUGGCUGUGUUAUAGACUUAGCAUUCAAAGUUGCAACUGGAGAACUGCAGAAUGGAUUUGCACUGGUGAGACCCCCAGGCCAUCAUGCUGAGCACCAACAAGCCAUGGGUUUCUGUUUCUUCAAUUCUGUUGCCAUUGCUGCUCGACAGUUACAGCAGAAGUUGAAUAUGGAGAAAAUCCUCAUUGUUGACUGGGAUGUCCACCAUGGAAAUGGUACCCAGUCUCUGUUUUACGAUGACCCACACAUCUUGUACAUAUCCAUGCAUCGCUAUGAUGAUGGGAGCUUCUUCCCUGGAACUGGUGCCCCCACUGAGGUUGGUGAUGGAGAUGGUUAUGGAUUCAAUGUAAACAUUGCUUAUUCAGGCGGCCUCAACCCUCCAAUGGGGGAUGCAGAGUACAUGGCUGCCUUUAGAACCAUUGUCAUGCCUAUUGCCAAGGACUUUGACCCAGAUAUCGUACUAGUAAGUGCAGGCUUUGAUGCAGCCGAUGGACAUCCUUCACCUCUUGGAGGCUACAAAGUCUCUGCCAGCUGCUUUGCCCACAUGACAAAACAGCUAAUGACAGUUGCUCGGGGCAAGGUUGUGUUAGCCCUUGAAGGAGGCUAUGACUUAGCCAGUAUUUGUGAUGCGACAGAGGCUUGUGUUCGUACUCUGACUGGUGAUGAUCCUCCUCCAUUGUCACAGCAUGAGAUGACAAGACCUCCUUGUCAGAAUGCUAUUGAAACUCUACAAAAUGUCAUUGCUGUACAGAGUGGUCAUUGGCCAGUUGUGCGUCGCCAGAGUGGAAUGAUUAUGCUGUCCAUGGUAGAGGCUCAGGGCAGAGAGGAAGAGCAGGAGACUGUGUCUGCAAUGGCCUCUCUGAGAGUGGAUCACCAAGGGCAUCAGACACAGAGUCCUGAACCUCCUGCCAAGAGUCCAGCCAAUGAAGCCUCCAAUGAUGAAGAAGAGCCAAUGGAGGAGGACACAGAAGUAAAAUAACCUAGGAAAAAAGGGAAGAUAAAAAAUAAUAUUAAUAAUAAUGAUAAUAAUAAUAAAAAACAAUAAUGAGUUGAAAUAAAAAAGGGAGCAUAUAGAGUUCUGUGCACCUGAUAAGAAGCUGUGAGAGGAUGUAAAAGAAAUAUAGAAACACUUUUAUUAUCAUUUGCAGACCUCAUAUGCCUCCCAGAUACUGUGAGUGUGGUCAACUGUGUUUGCAUUUCGGAGUGCCGUUCAAGCAAUCCCACAUGCAGUGGGUUUGCCAGGCAAGCAUCUGUUUGCCGAGUGACCAGUGAUAUUUAGUGUUAAUUGUUCCGGUGUGGAAGAUGCUUACAUGCAUCUUCUGUGAUGAAAACUGUAAGAUGUAAACAGUGGUGGUUUUUGGUGAUAAUGUCGAGUGGCCCUGACACUUGACAACAGUGUGGAGACAGUCCCCAAUUGGGUGUAACACUGUAACUUAUCAGGCAAUGAUGUGAGUCAAGAUGUGAUGUCUGCCCACUGUUCACAUGUGGGCUGAUGAACCAAAGAUUAGGUAGAUUUUUAUGAUGUGCAUACAUGGUGUCUUAAAUUUCAUAAGGUUGUAGUGUUCCAUAGGUAGACAGACUGAGUUACCCAGUCGUAUUUAUUGAUGAACCACAUUUAUUUUCAUUACAUAUUAUCAAAGUAAGUUUGUAUGUGCUGCUGGUAGGCAGUUUCCUGACUGAAUGUGCAGCCCCGUGCAAAUGUAUCUCAGAAUGUAAUGUCUGUAUCAUUGGACCAGCCUCCAGUUAACUCUUGACACCUUAAUCAAUACUUGUGCCAACCACUUAACAGAUGUUUUCUGUUGACAAACUUUAACUUUGAAUAUGUUGUUAGUAUUCAUAUAGUGUUUAGUAGAUAAAUGUAUAAUAUACAUAUAUAUAUUAUAUAUAUUCAAUUUUAUGUAUUUCAGAUUUUAUUUGUUCACCUCACCUGAUGGUGUAAAUUCAUGUCACUUAAGUGCACAAAAUGUUAAUUGCAAGCCUUACGUGUCAGCGGGAAUGUUGGGUGGUGCCCGCCUGUUUUUGUAAGGAACCAGAAGUGUCAUCAUGGAGUACCCUUUUGGAUAUGUACGUCAGGAGUCAUGCCAGAGGCUCACUUUGUACGACCCAAGGUUCCAGUGCUCCACUUUCCACAUUAACUGCCUUUCUGUAUCUCGUCACCCAGUGUAAUUCAAAAACCAUAGAGGCCAAACUAUCUGGAAGGGAAAGGGACCCACUGCCUUGCUGGAACUUUACUUGUACAAUUUCUUACCUCUACACCAGGUUCAUGAGCACUAGUCAGAAUCACAACCCCAUGUCCACUGUAAUUCAGGCCUCAAGAUCUGUGUUCUGGUAACAAGCUCAAAGCUCUACAGUAAAGAGCCGGCCAGCCAUGUGGCUUUGGGAAGGCUGCAGCGUCCCACCCGUCCCCUGUAUAUUGUCCUUGUAUGGUCACGGUGUCCACAUAAUAAACUGGCAUAUGUUCAGCAGGCAAAGUUAUUUUCUUAUCCCUGUCAUGCCUGUUUCUCAACUAAUUCGCAUGUGAUAUUUCAUUUUUUGUAUUUUUGUUUUUUGUAUGUAUGUUUACCCUUCAUUUUCCAAAUACCAAAUCAUUAUCUUUCAUACUGUUAUACUAUUUUACACUGUGUCUUGAAGCAAGGAUACCUACAUGUAUAUUAAUUGUAUCUUAUGUUGUUAUGUGUGUUGGAAAUUCAUGAAAACCUUUUUAUGUAAGAUUAAAGUAAGUGGUAAAAAAGUACUUGAGAUUUAUAAAUGUGCUUAGGUUAAUCUGUUUUGUUAAAAUUAUCUGAUAAUAAUGAUAAUUUGACAUUUCUUACCAUACAUACCUUAAUCAGUUACUUUUCAACAAAACAAAUAUGAGGCUUAUAUCUUUAAUGCAUUCAAACUGUACUAGAGCUGUAUCAGUUCAAAUACCAAAUACAUAGUCAGCAUUAAUGCUAGAGUCUUUUUUCAUAAUUCAAAAUAUUAUGAAACUAUACCUGAUACUCUGAGUAUGUGGGAAUCCCUGUGAAGAUGCAUUUUAAUUCUUAGCAUUUCUAGGGAGCAGCCACAAUACCAGGAAAUAAAUAACAUGUAAAGGUACUGCUCUGUAGCACUAGACAUUAAUAUGGCUCUAUAUUGUCUGUGCUAGUGAAAUAGUACAAAUUAUCAACCAUUUUCUACAUUAUUUGAAUUUUUACUGUAUAUGAAAAGCCUGGUUUCUUCAGAGUCGCCUCUGUAUUAAAGAUUACUGAAAGACAUCUUUUAACUUAUAAAUCCAUUUAUCAUUGCUCGAAAUUUACAGUUAUUCUGUUUUAUUUUCGUUUCAGAAUUCAUUGGUCAUUGUAAAAAUGCUAAAAAGCAUAUACUAUUUUUGUUCUUAGAAAUCAAAAUUGACUUCCCAACCAGUAACUGAUACCUUAAUCUGAGUACUAAUUGAUAUAUCUUUUUGUCAGUUAAUAAGAUGACUGUAUAUCAAUGAAUACUUUCAUUGUGAGCUGAAAAAAUGGAUGUUGUUAUUUUGCUUUGUGCAUGAGCAUGUUUCUGUCCUUGAUAUAUACUUAGAUAGUUUUUAAGAAGAUUUACAUAGAGAGAUAACAGGGCUGGAAUCUGGUGAAGUAUAUUGCCCUGGGGCCCGUGCUGGUUCUCGAUGCCCCAGUUGGCCAGAUAUGAUCUAUUGGUCAUGUUGCCAUUUGUGAAUAAUGCUUCUAUUAUCAAGUAUCAUUGUAUUAAAAUAACAUUUUUGCUUCUU